UGUAAAAUCUCUCUUACAUAGCUGGCACAGAGACGAAGUUUUUCUGGGACCCACAUGUCACGUGGCGGUGAAUCAUUGGUUGGAGCCUUAAAUAAAGCGUUGUCACCGGUAGUUCCCGCGUAAAUUUCAUGUAACGCCUUUUUGCUGAAACAAAUUUCUUAAAGCACCCCAUAUUCCUUCCUCAUUCCAAAUAAUCCCCCGCAAUUUUCCAAAAAUUACGAAAAUGACCUACUCCGACCGGAAGCAUCGUCGGAGCCCUAAAACCACCCCUCUUCUGCCGCAAAAGGACGCCAAUUUCGGCCAUUCCGAAGCCGGAUUCGACGGCGCUUCCUUCUCCGGCGCCGUCUUCAAUCUCUCCACUACAAUGGUCGGCGCCGGAAUUAUGGCACUUCCGGCUACUCUUAAGCAACUCGGUGCAAUUCCAGGUCUUAUCGUUAUAAUCCUCGCCGCUAUGCUGACGGAGAAGUCAAUUGAAAUGUUGCUUAGAUUCACCAGAGUUUCCAAAUCCGCCUCCUCCUACUCCGGCCUCGCCGGCGAUGCGUUCGGCGGAUUUGGCCGUACUUUAUUGGAAACUUGUAUCGUGAUUAACAAUCUCGGAAUGCUUGUUGUCUACAUGAUCAUUAUUGGUGAUGUAUUAUCUGGAACUUCAUCUGAUGGGGUACACUAUUCGGGCGUAAUGGAAGAAUGGUUUGGUCAACAUUGGUGGACUGUGCGCUCCAACAUAUUGCUUCUUACUACACUCCUUGUCUUUGUUCCUCUUGUUUCAUUCAAACGUGUUGAUUCAUUGAGAUAUACAUCAGCCAUGUCAGUCGCUCUAGCUGUUGUAUUUGUGGUAAUCACAGCUGGAAUAGUCAUUGUUAAGUUCAUUAAUGGAAGCAUUGCAAUGCCCCGCUUGCUGCCAAAACUCAUUGAUCAAGCAUCUUUCUGGAAGCUUUUCACAACUGUCCCUGUACUUGUCACUGCCUAUAUUUGCCAUCACAAUAUACAUCCAAUAGAGAAUGAGCUAAGAGAUGGCAGCCAGAUGAAGUCAAUAGUCCGGACUUCAAUUGCGUUAUGCACAACUGUAUAUGUGGCAACCAGCUUUUUUGGAUUCCUUCUCUUUGGCGAUCAUACCUUGGAUGAUGUACUCGCCAACUUUGACGGUGAACUUGGGAUUCCUUAUAGCUCAUUGCUUAAUGAUGUGGUGCGAGUGAGCUAUGUCAUCCACUUGAUGCUUGUUUUCCCAAUUGUUUUCUUUUCCCUUCGCCUCAAUAUGGAUGGCCUCUUUUUCCCAUAUGCAAUUCCUAUUGCCUAUGAUAAUCGCAGAUUCUUUUCAGUCACAGCAGCUCUCAUCUGUUUCAUUUUUUUGGGAGCAAAUUGUGUACCUAGCAUUUGGGAUGCAUUCCAGUUUACUGGUGCCACAGCUACUGUCUCUGUUGGUUUCAUUUUUCCGGCUGCUAUUGUCCUUAGGGAUACACAUGGAAUUGCAACCAAGAGGGACAGGUUAGUAUCAUGGGUCAUGAUACUGUUAGCGGUUUCAUCAAGCACUGUGGCAAUCUGCAGUGACAUUUACAGCAUUUUCAAUAUUGGAGUUGAAGCUUAGUAGGGGAGGGCAAGUUGUCACUCUCUGUCUAUUUAAAUAUUUGCCGAAGGCAGAUUAAGGUUUAUAGUCGUCACACCCUUCUUUGGGAGAAUUCAAAUAUGUCAAAAAAUUAGGUGUUCACAAUAGUCAGUGAUGCGAUGCACUUCAGAUCAGUUAACUGAUUUUUUGUGAUUGAUGCUAAGUUUAUCCCAAGUGCAUUAACAGGAAGAUACAUGAGAACAGUUUCGAUACCGAGGAAAAGUACCAUGCAGAAAUCGGUCCAUAUUCUGUACAGCACACAAAAUUUGUAAUCUGCAGUAGAAGAGCUAAUUUUUUUUUGAUUUUGAUUUAUCAUUACGAAACUGUUGAGCAUCUAUAGAAAACGGCCUCUCUAGCUCCACAAUGCAAGAGUAAGGUCUGUAUGCACUACCCUCUCUAGACUCCACCGGUGGAAAUACACUGAAUAUGUUGUUUAUCAUUAUGAAACUGAGCAUUUUUGUAAAAUUUGUCAAAUUCUGUUCCUGAUACAAUUUUCAGGUUGCAAUAGUUUGUAGUUUUUCAUUUAAAGCCAUGAAAAUUUCAGCA